AUGGUAUUUGAGGACAAGUUUGUUAGUCCAAGUAAAGUAAUAACUGCUGCUAUAUCAAGUCUUAACAGUUAUCAAGAAGCUAGAGUUGAGGAGAACCAGAACAAGGGAUUAAAUAGCCAAAGAAGAAAAGAUACAGAGUGGAAGCCACCAGAUGAGGGUGUAACAAAGGUGAAUUUCGAUGCUGCCAUCGAUAAAACAAAUAACAGAGUUGGGAUGGGCAUAGUAGCAAAGACUUAUAAGGGAGAGUUACUAUUAUCAUUUUGUGCAUCAAAGAUGUUUAGUGGAAUUUCGAGUCUGGCUGAAACUACUGUCUUAUGGAGAGCUAUGGAUCUAGUUGUGAAAUUAAAUGGUGGAAAUGUGGUGUUCGAAGGAGAUGCUGAAAGAGUAAUAAAAGGGGUAACAAGGAAGGGAGUUAUAUGUGCAUCGAUGGGGUAG